AUGCGCAUGGGAAUGCCAAUAACAAUGCAGCAAUUGAAAAGUAUUCCCUCCCGGUUCAUUCCUUCCAUCCCUUUCGCAGAUAAAGAUGGUAAAGACUUCAUUGAGAAGCAGCAUGGUGGAGCGAGGUGCAUCCACGCCCAAGAAAAGGGGCGCCGAACUGCUGAUCGCAAAUCUGAACCCGGUGCAGUCUCACUGCCUCAGCCGUCGAGGCCGAACCGGGAUAUGGGCCAAGAAUUGUGUACACGGAUGUGA